CUCUUACGUUUAUCUUCUACUUCUUCUUCCUUUCCUUCUUCUUCUUCAUCUUCUUCUACUUCUUCCUCCUUUCCUUCUUCUUCUUCAUCUUCUUCUACUUCUUCUUCCUCUUCUUCUUCUUCUUCUUCUUCUCCUUUCCCAUCUUUUUCUCUUCCUCUAAUCUUUUGUUUUUCAAAUUCCUUCCUUUUCCCCUUCCCCCCCUCCAAAAAAAAAAUCUUUACUCUUUUUUUAACUCAAUUAUCUAGUAUUAAAAUUAUUCUUUUAUCUGCUAUAAUUACUUUUCGUAGUUUUUGUUUGCGCUCAUCAAACAACUCUUCUAUCUUCAAUUGA